ACCUUACCUCUCUCUUCGCUCUUUCUCUUCCCUUCUCCAUGGUCGCCUCCUCUGGCUCUUCGAUGUGGAUGAUGAAGACGAUGAUCUAGAAGAAACAAAGCCUCCCAGAUCCGUCCUCUCCCCCACAAGUUGUCGACGGCGGCUCAGACUUCACCCUAAGGUUGCUACCUGGUUGCUCUCUGUCUCUGCAGACGGAAAUCCGAACCUUGCCGUUGCACCGCAAACGGAAAUCCAAACCUUGCAGUCAUGGGCACAGCAAUGAAGUAUCUAAAAUGGAACAAAAGAACACAAGGAAUAUGGUAUAGUCCCCACAUGGCUGCUGCUUCUCGUGCCAUCUUAGAGAGGAUUCCAUUGGUUGAUCUUAUCGUGGAACUGAGAGAUGCAAGGAUUCCAUCAUCUUCAGAAUGCGAGAUAUUGAGAAGCUACCCAACUUCCUCAAGACACAUAAUAGUGCUGAACAAAAUGGAUCUUGCUGAUCAAUCAAAAUUACAGGAAUGGGUGAAAUAUUUUAGGGAAAGAAACUUCAUCUCUUGUGGAGUCAAUUCUCAUAACAAGGAGAACAUCAAGAAGUUUUUAAGCCUACUUCAAAACCAAGUAAGAGAAUUGAAGACUGAUCAUACUGCAACGGUAAUGCUUGUUGGUAUUCCGAAUGUUGGCAAGUCAGCACUUGUUAACUCAUUGCAUCAAAUUGGCAGAAUUAGUGCUGCAGAGAAGGGAAAAUUGAAACACGCAAUUGUGAGUCCAGAACCAGGGGAGACCAGAGAUAUACGAAGUUUUAAGAUUGCUAGCCAUCCCAAUAUUUAUGUACUGGACACUCCAGGUGUUGUACCCCCUGAAAUUCCUGAUGUUGAUGCUUGCUCUAAAUUAAUUUUAACAGGAGCAAUCAUGGAUAGUUUAAUAGCGACAAAAGAAGUUGCUCAAUGCUUUUUAGCUAUACUCAACAGGAGUGAGCAAUACAAGAAUUGGGCAAACUUAUCAAUCAAGGAUAACGAUAAGCUGUCUCUUGACUGUACAAUGGAGUUUUUGAAUAGCUCUGAAAUGUGUAUGAAGCAGAGGAGGAAAAGCCCUACAGAUCACACACAGGAUCAUGUAGUUCGCGGUGUUCGGCGAACUCUCUUCGAAACAAUUUCAGCAUAUGAAGGGAAUACAAAUGAUGAAGAGGAAAUGGAAGCCCUUAUUUCUCUACAGUUUGGAGCAUUGCAGAAAGCAUUUCAGGUUUCUGCUGAAUGUCCAGAAGAGGCUAAUGUCAAGGUGGGGAAGAAGCUGCUUGAUCUUUUCCGUACUGGGCGUCUCGGGCAUUAUACAUUAGAUCUUCUUCCUGGAGAUAUCCAGUACGGAGUAUAAGCAAUAGAGUUGUGCUGUCUCUGGCUAUGGACGCUGCAAUUGGCAGCAAAUUAGAUAUUCUAUGUUGAUGAUGAGUUGAUAGUCCACAUUAGAAUGAGAUGGAUAGUGGAGGAGAACUAGAAUCCGUAUGGACAGGUUAUUGGAUUCACCCCUUGUUCGGAUGAAUUAAAUGAGGGAGGAAAGAAAACUAAGGAGUAAAAUGAGAAAAGAAAUGAGUUUUUCUUUAUUUGGAUGAGGGAGAAAAAGUGGAAGAACAGAAAAGUGGGGAAGAAAAUGGGUGUGGGGCUCAUUUUAUUUUCACACUUCAUUUUCUUUUCAAUUUUUCUUUUCAUAUCACUUAUAUACCCUUCUCAAAUAUGUUCCAAUGAUUUGAUGAAUGUUUUCUUUUUAAAUUAUAUGUAUUAAUUACUUUAUAAUUCAAUAAGAUUAUCUCACUGGACUA